ACUAGUGGUAGUACGUUUGCUUGUAGAGCUUGAGGUCACUUACAUGUACAGUAUAUAGCUAGUUUAUUACUCAUUUGGCCAAUAGUAAUUAAUUCCUAUUACACAUUUUGUGUUGUUGAUAUCACUCCAUGUGAAAGUGAUCGAAGAUUGAAAGCUAAAGAACUUGGGUUGUGGUCCGUUGUCUUUUGGGGGCAAAGACAUUAUGAAGGAAAGAGUAAUAAAUAUUGUGUCCACCAUGGCUUACAGGGACUUCCACCGAGAAAAUAGUGAAGUGUAUGGUUCAUCUAUAUCCUACCUAGAUGGGGUGCCCUUCAAGAUCAGUUCUGCAUUUAAACCGCCAACAAAGGUUCAGCUGCCUUCCACACUCAUGAGGAAAACAAGGGUGGCGGCUACAAGACAUGAACAGUACUCAUUUGAAAUAGAGGAGGGCGUCCUUCAGUGGGCUCAUGAAAGGGAGAGACAGUUAGAGGCACAGAAACGGGAAGAAGAAGAACGUAAACAAAUAGCCAAUCAGAUUCGUGAACAGGAAAGCCAGAGAUCAAGUUCCGAUGACUCGGAGCCUGAAGACGAAUGGUUAGCAUCCCACCAGAGUUCUGGGCCUUCAUUGCCUGGUGGUCAAUCUGCGGCGGCAGGAACUGGACCAGUUUCUGCAAGUUCAAUGCCACUUCAGCCUCUAAAGGCAGGACUUAAAGGAAAUGAAAUACUGACUCCAACACCAAUCCAUACAGACGCAAACAGCCAGCACUCACACACUUCUAGUCAAAAUGUGGAUGUUUCACAGUUUGAAAAUGUGGACGAUCCUUUUGACAUGUUUGAGCGCCAAACACUUAAUGAUAUUGAGGAAUUAAAGAGUGUGUUUUCUACCACAGACCCUAAUGCAAAAACGACAGAUACAAAUUCUUGUAAGACUAACCAAUCAGAAACUGAGAGCAUAUACGAAAAUGUAAAUUCAAACAAUUCCAAUAAGACUAAUAAUGUAGGCUGCCCACCUAAUGGGUUAGUGAGUGGUUCACACGAUCGUUCGGCAGAGGCUGGGGAGUAUGUGCAAAUAGAUACUAAACAGUCUGAAUGUGAGGGUCAAACAGCAACCUCAAUAAUAGAUCAUGGAAAUUUACCGCCAAUAUCACAAACAAAGGAUUUUCUUACUGGAAGAAUUCCAUUACCACCUAUUGGAAGCAAUGGUAUGUCAUCAGCAGGACAUUCUGCACAAGAGGCUAGCUCAGUACCUCAUUCUAACUACCAAAAAGAUGUUCCUCUGUAUGAGAAUGUUGACUCUGCUUCGCUUUAUGAAAAUGUGCAAAUAUUACAGGACAACAGAGUGAGUUUCGAUGCGAACAAAUACUGCAGGAAUAAUCUGGACUCUCCAACACCACGUCGGAAUCGACCCAACUAUGUAAAUGUGAUGCCACAUGGCCUAGGUACAGCUGGGACGAUCGCGGAACCUGGAGAAAAUCAAAGUGGCAUGCGUAAUGCUCUGAGUUCACCUGAUAUUUCAGGCAUAAAUAAUAUAGGCCUUCAUGACUAUGACAAUACACGAAAUAUUUCACCAGUGUUUUCUCGAUCUCCACCUCCUCGACCAUCUUCACAACAGGAUCUGACAGUCAUGUGUGAAGUAAACCCAGAUAGUUGGAACAAGUACCAGCCUCUGCCUGUCACCAUUCCCAGUAAUCAAGAAACCAUCCCCAGUUCAUUUUCCUCUAAGAGCAGCAGCAGCAGUGACCUUGCCAGUCCGUCUGAGGUUGACCCCUACCUUCGUCUUUCUCCGGAAGCUCAGCAUGCAGUCAACAAUCUUGUCAGUAUGGGUUUCUCAAAACCACGAUCUGCUCGUGCAGUAGAGAAGUUUGGGAAAGAUGAAAAAGAGGUGAUUGACCACCUCUGUGGAGUGAACAAUUUAUCUGAGAAAGGAUUUGACACCCACCAUGCAGAAAUGGUUUUACUUCUUUAUAACAACAACCUCACCCGGGCUGAGAAAUAUUUAGAUAUGUUCCAACAGUUCAAAGAAUUGGGUUUUAGCCAUGACAGAAUCAAAGAAGCAUUAGUCACAAACAAUCUGGACAGAGAGAAAGCCUUGGAUUUCCUGACAACCUGACAGGAAUCAUGACCUCUCUUUGGUGACAACCCGAAGAACAAAUCUCUAAAACGAAGGAAACUCACAGAAAGUACUGGACAGAGGAAACUUUGACCUUACAAAGUGUUCUGGAUGCCUACCUUUGGUCAGAUUAUUUCCCUCGUUGAAUGAAAUAACAAUGGACGCUGUCAGAAACAUGCACAAGAAUGUUACAAGCAGCUUUGUGAUAUUCCAAAGAUAUAUUGAACUUUAACCUAUUAUUGGUAGUUAUUUCCCAUCAACUGUUAUAGUGAAGGUGAUUGAUCAUGUUUAUGUAAUGCACUCUGUUUUUAUGGAUCAAAGUAACAAGAUUAUAGCUAUUUAUUCAGAUAAUUAUAGAACAGUCAGUGCUGUGGAUAACAAUUCAUAUCAUUACAAUUAAGACUGUUGUGAAUUUGGCCAUUUGUGAUUGGACAAGAACAAUCACAUGUUGAGCUAAUAUUUUGUGAUAUUGACUUCGGGUGAAGUUGAUAUAACUUUCGUGACCUCAGACUAUUAUUUAUGAUGUCGUUGUCAAGGUGAUGUGGGUAAUGAUACGGUAGAUUAUAUAGAUACAGAUAAUUUCCUUGAUGAAUCAUUAAAUUAACAGAGAAUCCAUAAUUAAUUCAAAAACUAUUUAUCAUCUUCAGUUUUUGUGAUUAUGGAUAUUUGAUAACUUUUGAAUCAUGAUAGUGUUUACCUUUGUGUCUGUUAAAAUAGCAAUCCUUGGGUUAAUAGAAAUCCAUAUUCACCUCAACCAAAGAUGAUAAUUGUAUAUAGAUUACUAUGUUUGAUAUGUACCAUGUAUCUGUCAAUCAGAAAUACAUUUAGAUAUUUAUUGUGACGUGGGUAAUUUUGGUUCUAAUCAAUAAGGUACAAUAAUAAAUAUGUACUGAUUUUGGCACACUCAAAUUUUACCACAAAAUAUUAAAACAGAUUAGCAGAAUUAUGAAUUAGUGUGCUAACAAUGCUUUCCAUAGAAAACAUUGUAAAGAAACUAAAAUUAGUGCAAUCAUAAUCUAGAACAAUUCUUCAGAGUGUCAAAAUCACCAAAACAAGAUUAAUACUAAAUUAUGUACAUCUACAGUAUCAGAAUAUUGUUGUCAGACAUACAAAAAUAUAAAAUUUCAUUACACUUAAGUUUAAUGUAGAUUUGUAUUCUAAAACUGAACAUGAAUUGUGUAACGAUAUAACUAAAUUAUUUACUGGUAUGGUACCCUUAUAAGUUCCAAUAUAACUGUGAUGGAAGGAACAUUACCAGACAAAACAUCUUAUUUUCACAUACGUUGUAUACAUGUGUAUAUCCAUCAAAACAGAUUUUAUCAAUAUUCCCAAUUUUGAGGACGAACUUGAUUUCUGUAGAAUUUUGGAAUAAAAUUUAAAUGAAUUGAAGUAUUCUUGCUUUCUGAUCUGUCUUUAUUCAUCACACCUUAUACAUUAACAUUUUCACAUCUCUUCUGUAAAACACACAUGCAUACAGCAAUUUUAUUACAUCUCAAAUUUGCAUAAAGCUUCUAUGGCCAAUAGUGAACUACGUUUAUUUGAUUUGAACCUUGAUGGGCUGACACAGGGAACAUUUUAUUUUGAAAUUUUUUUUUACUUCAGACCUUCUUGGGUUUUGUUUAAGAUAUCAACAAAAAACAGCGACAGUUUAUAAGUAGGUCCCCAACUUUGUUUUAUCAAACAAAGCAUAUUGGUUAAAAAGGGGAGCAAAUUGUUGCUUGACAAAGGAAAGGGGCAUUUUUGAGAAAAAAAAGUGUUCAAUUGCUGUAUGUGUUUAAGAUAAAUAACCUUUCAAAAAGUAAAACCUGCCUUCUCUGCUUUACAUAUACUAAAUAUCUUGCUUUGUGUACAGGAUUAUUUCAAUAUUUUGUCCCAAUUGCAAAAACUUACUUCACAUUUCAGGUAACCAUUUAGGCCCAAGGCCAUCUUGUUCUUUACAUUAGGUACUGUAUGAUACCUGUUCAGCAUCAAAAUAUAUGAAAAAAAUGUCAAGAUUUCCUUGUAAUAUUAUGCUGGCCCCAGUUGCUAAAAAAAACUGAAGAAAAGAAGUAAUUGAAAUUGGUCAAGUGCUAAAGGGAAAAUAAUGAAGUCUAAGAAUUUACAUUGACACAAUGAUAUAAUAUUAGUUGUUAUGCAUGAUUUGUUUUAAUUGUUGUAGUCCUCAAUACAAAUUGCUUAGUAUUGGUAAAUAUAAAUAUCUUAAAUAGUUUGGAAAAUAUAAAGAGUAGCACAUGUUUGAUCUGGCCCUGCUUUAAAAAGAAAUCUCAACACUUAAGUAUUUUUAUACAAGCGGGGCCUGGAGUGCUAAUUGGGGCUGAUAUUUUGAUAUGGAUAUUACAAUGUACUGAUAAUGGGACUUUGUUUACUAUGGUAACUGGGUAAAUAAAAUGUAAUACCUG